AAAUGGAAACUACCAUAGUCUUCAUUCAAUCCCUGGGAUUAAUACAUGCGACGCAUAUCUUGCUUUAAUUGCUGUGUCUAGUUCUAUAAAAAAUCAACUGAUCUGAUCAAGUCAGCCUAAUAAUGAGCCAAAGGAAACUGCCUUCUUGGUGUAUGUUUUUUCUUAUCGCAAGGCUAUUUUGUGUCCUGCAAGUCAAGUGCAGCGAAGAUGUAGACGUUUCAAUCAAGCAGCUACAUCAAGAUGUGGUAGAGUUAAUUGUCAAUUUGACCUUCAGUGAAUACAGCUGUGAUGAGAAGUUUCUCAGUGUUACGAUAGACUCAGGUGAAAUCAUGGCUGACUGGAAAGGUUUUGACUUCACGUCAAAAAAACUUCAAAACAUGGCUAUGGCACUUUCACCGGCUAAUGUUCGCCUGGGGGGAACAAGUGCAGACUUUUUAACCUUUGACCCAGAUGGUCCAGACAGCCAAUCAAAAUGGGGGAAAAAUUAUGUCCAGAACAAAUAUGACUCUGGCCUGUUUGAUAAAUCCUGGUCAAAAGAUCGGAAAAAUUUUACAAUGUCAGGUAGGGAGUGGGAAAACAUGACCCAGUUUUUUGACCUAGUUGGCUGGGACAUCAUCUUUGAUUUUAACUUGUUUAAGUGGAAGGAUGGCCUCUGGGACCCCAGCAAUGCUGAGACUCUGUUGCAGUACUCUGCUGCCCGGGGCAUACGUCUGCCAUGUUUUCAGCUGGGAAAUGAACCAAAUGCAUUUGAGCACAAUUUUAAUUUUUCCAUAUCCCCAUUGGUACUUCUGAGUGACUUCAGGAUCUUAAAAAUGCUACUGGCCAGAUAUCCUCUCUACAGAUACAGCGCCAUCUAUGGACCAGAUGUGACCAAUUUGGCACACCAUGCGUCAUCAAUGCAGUAUUUUCAAGAAUUUAUUGAAGCUGGGGCAUACACAGUGAUUAAUGAAGCCAGUUUUCAUCACUACUACAUGGAUGGCAGCAAGGCUCAAGUUUUUGACUUCCUUGAUGAAGACAUCAUGGAUUCGUUGGUCACUGGGUUUGAGAUAGCCCAGAGUAUCAUGGUACUUAGCCCAAGACCACUGCCCAUUCGUCUAACAGAGACCUCGUCCUGCUAUGGUGGGGGAGCACCUGGUCUGUCUGAUCGUUAUGUGGCGGGAUUUUUGUGGUUAGACAAGCUGGGUCUGUCAGCCCUGCAUGGAAUAACACAAGUGGCAAGGCAGACUUUUUAUGGUGGAUCUUAUUCCUUGAUCUCUAGCAAACUGGAUCCUAAUCCAGACUUUUACCUGUCAGUGUUGUACAAGAGACUGGUACAGGGACCUGUCUUUGCGAUUAGCAACACACCUGAAAAACUUCGUGCCUAUGCACAUUGUGCAAGUAACAAACAUUACCCAGCUGGUGCCCUGGUCAUCUACUUUCUAAACCUGCUGCCAAGUCCUGUAACCCUAAAGCUAACCCAGUUCAAAGAUCUGGAUUUGGAUUUGUAUUUAUUGACACCUGGAGAUGAGGAAGGAUUGAAAUCAAGUUCAGUCCAACUGAAUGGUCAAGUGCUGCAGAUGUCUGGUCCAGAUCUUCCCCCACUAGAGCCCAGGACAGUUACAGGAGAUGUAACAGUGGAGAAACAUUCUUUUGGAUUCAUUGUUGUCCCUAAGGCUGAUGUUCAAAAGUGUGUGGACUACUUUCUUUCACAUGGUGAAAAUGGGAGGUCACUCUAAGAAACAAGUUAUUAAGAUGGAUGCCACAGGUGUUUUUUAAGGUGUUCAGUAUUUCUUACUUUUGUCAUGAAGCUCUAAUCAUAAAUACUUAAUUUUAAUGAGAGAAAAUAUAAUUUUGUCUCGACUUUUUGCCAAAUAUUUUAUUUUUUCAAAUUAUGCAUUUUUUAAUAGACAUACACAAUUACUUAAAACCAUAUUUUAAAAGUAAAAAAUUUGCUACAAUACCAAAAGAAAUU